GGACGCCAAUCGCUGGAGAAACGUUCCCAAGGACGGCGGUUGGUAUGACCAUUCAGGCUGUACGUCCGCCAAGGCCAAUCUCGAAAGACCCUCCUCGACCCAGCACUGCUGCUACGACAAUGACUGCUUCUACCAGGAGAUUGACGUUUUCUCAACUCGACAUGAAACGGCCCAUUAAAUACGGGAUAUGGAAAGGGGUGGAAAUUGAACUGAUUCCCCAGCCCAGUAAUGAUUCAGAAGAUCCUUUCAAUUGGCCGCUAUGGAGAAGGAAUCUCAGCUUCUUCUCACUUCUUUACAUGGUUUCCAUUGUUGGGGUGAGCCGAACAAUGUUUGUCACGGUCAACAGCGAUAUUGCAAUGAACAACGGCGUUUCAUACACCGCAGCAGUAUCAUUGACAGCUGUCCCACUCAUGGUUUCUGCUGUCAGUGGUUUAAUGAGUAACGUGGGUGCGAGAGUAUAUGGCAAACGACCCAUUUACCUCGCUUCGACGAUCUCCAUGUUCGUAGGUUCAAUGUGGGGGAUGUACGUGAUGAACAGCUUUUCGCAAAAUAUGGCGUCCCGUGUUUUUCAAGGGAUAGGUUGGGGUGCAUUCGACACUCUGGUUCUGGGGUCUUUGCAAGAUACUUUUUUUCAACAUGAACUUGAUAACAGGGUUGCUGCGUUGAAUGUAGUUUCCGUGGCGUCCACCUGGGGAGCACCUCUCCUAGGUGGAGUGACAUCAUCUGGUCCAAGAGGGUUCUGUCUCCAGUACGAGGUGUUGAGCAUACUCCUGGCACUCGGAAUAUGGAUCGUUGUAUUUGGUGUUCCAGAGUCAACUUUUGACAGGACUUCAAUUUCAACUAAUCAUCCUAAUUUUCUUCAGAGCCGCCCUCGUUUGAACUGGCCCUGGAUAAGGUUCUCCAAGGAAGCUGUUAAGGACUACAUCACACGAAUGAAGCCCUGGACGUACAAAGUAUCAAAGAUCAGCCGACCUUUGAUACUCCAAGCUCCUCGAGCGAUGCUCGCACCAACAAAUAUGCUGCUUUUCACGGUCACUCUACUCCCACACGUUGCUCUUUGGGGAUAUACCAGCUCGCUCUCUCUCCUCUUUUCUGUUCUCCCGUUCUCGUUGUCAUCUAGAAGUAUUGGCGUUCUGUUCACGGGUCCAUUCAUAUUUGCAACCAUCCUGAUUGUUGUUCUGUCGAUACCUCUGUAUUCAAAGCGUUUUACUACAAGUGUCCACUGGACCACACUUGCAGUGGGGGCAGUCACGGCGUCCAUCGGGAUUUUUGGUUUCGGCCUAUAUAUCGAGGGCUCUAUGACAAUGUCCGAUGGUGGCUCUGUAAAUAAGCCCAGCAAUAUCUGGAAGCUGGAUGCCGUUGGCUCGAAGCUCAAUUUCCCCGUGGUGUCGUUCUUGCUUGGUAUUCUGGCAGCCGGCUCUGUUGCUCUCGACGCUACGAUCCGGCCAAUGAUUCAACGCUCCACUGCGUUCACGUCUGUCAACCUAUCUGUCAGUAUGCGCAAUACUGCUGAUAUGCAUGCUGGACUAACAUGUCUACGCAACAUGGUUGCAGGGACAUUCAUCCUUGGUAUUCCGAAUGCUAUCUGGGCAUGGGAUGGUCUCCGAUCUGCUGCUCUUGGGGUUGGAAUUACUCAGUUUUUUAUUGCUGGGGUGGUGGGGUGUGUGUGGUGGCAGUGGGAGGAAACGGUGCGUCGUCUUGAUGGUAAGACCAUCGGCUCAAUUGGAAUUUCUGAUCCUGAGCUGGACAAGAGCUUCUUUGAUACUAGCUGA